UAGAGAGGAGACCACAGUUUAGUAGCUGAGAUAGAGUGAGGAAGCACCCAUAACAUAAUGAAAACACCACAACACUGCCUUCUGAUGUUGCUUUUCUUCUCUGGUGGAUCCAGUGCAGGAGCUCCAAGAUGUAUUAGCCCAUUCAUAAGGCAUUAUGAAGGCUUGACUUACGACCGCGAGGCCCUACAAAGGGAACACCUACGUGCCAAGCGAGAGACACUACCUCAGGACCAAGCAUUGCAGCUGGACUUCAGGGCUUUUCACAGGACCUUCCGAUUGCGUCUGAGGCGAGACAUAACUGGAUUUACAGAGCCUUUUACGGUCCUCUCCAAAAACGUCUCCAGCACCGCAGACCUCUCGCAUCUAUAUUCUGGACAACUUGAAGACGAAACAGGGUCUACCUGUCACGGCUCUGUUGUCGACAGCCAGUUUGAGGGUUCAAUCCGCACAGCCAAUGGAACAUAUCACAUAGAGCCCCUGCACAGAUACACCAGCCAGUCCUCACAACAUCACUCCAUUAUCUACCACGAGGACGACAUGGAUUUCCCACCUGUGGGAGACAGCCAUGAAGUGUUCUGUGGUGCAAAGCGUCUACAGCGCCUUGCCCAAAGCGUCAGACCUAUUGAGGAAAUUCCAGUGUCCAGAUCGAAACGAACAUUGGACUAUUCUAAAACCAGUUGCCUGCUUCAUCUCUAUGCCGACCACUUGUACUUUGAGAAGUUCAAGAGUGUAGAGGCCGUUGUAGCUCAGGUUUCCUCCUAUAUGAAAGCCAUUAAUGAUAUUUAUAACAGGGUCAACUUUGACGGAGUCAAGCUGAUCAACUUCAAAGUGAAAACCCUCAGUAUCAUGAAAGAAAAGGACAUGACCAACCCACUGCAUCAGCCCUUCAUCGGCCCAGAGAAGCUGCUCAAUCUGUUCUCUGAGAGUAACUGGGAGAGGUACUGUCUGUCCUACCUGCUGACCAACAGGGACUACAGUGGAUUGCUGGGGUUGGCCUGGGAGGGAAAGAAAGGGAACUGGGGAGGAAUUUGUUCACGACACUCGCUCAUGCGAGAUGGUAGCAAUGCCAGCCUAAACACUGGUCUGAUCACGCUGCAGAACUAUGGCCAGUACCUCCCCCCCCGACAUGUUCAGCUCACCUUGGCCCACGAACUAGGCCACAGCCUCGGAGCUCCUCAUGAUGAAGGUUCUAAUUGUGGAGACCUGGGUUCUUCUGGAGGGAAAGGAAGGUUCCUGAUGUUUCCUCAAGCCACCAACGAAGUCAGAGAGAACAACGAUAAGUUCUCUCCCUGUAGCAUCAAUCAAAUCAGUCAAGUCUUGAAGGUCAAGAAGGAUGACUGCUUUGUAGUCAGUGAUCAGCCAAUCUGUGGGAACCAGAUCGUGGAGGAGGGUGAAGAGUGUGAUGUGGGCCACAAUGACACAGACCUUUGCUGCCACAGUGCCAAUGAAGACCCGGGCACCCAAUGUCGUCUGAAACCUGGCAAACAGUGCAGUCCCAGUCAGGGCCUGUGCUGUGGCCCGGCCUGUCUCUUUAAACCAUCGGGGGACAGCUGUGAGGAAGAGUCGGACUGUCAGUUGGAGAGUGUGUGCUCUGGUUUCUCCCCUGUUUGCCCCAAGCCUUCAGCCAAAGCCAACAUGACCACAUGCAGUCUGGGGACCCGUGUGUGUCUCAAUGGGCUUUGUGCUAAGUCACUGUGUGUGAGGUAUGACCUGGAACAGUGUGACUGUCUAGAAGAUUCCAGGACAGAGAAGUGCCACAUGUGCUGCCAGCAGCCAGACAAGCCUCAUACCUGCGCCAGCACCACGUCCUCUGUACUGACCAGUCAGUUCCAAGGGAGGCAUAUAGCCUUGGUUCCCGGGGAGCCUUGUUCAGCUAAGCAAGGGUACUGCGACCAGUUCCAGGUGUGUCGCAUCCUGGACGCAGACGGUCCCAUUGCCAGACUGAAGAACUCCUUCCUCCACUUGGUGGACCUGGAUGAGUUUGAAGACCUGGCUGAGUGGAUGAAGGACCACUGGUGGGCCAUUCUCCUGGCCAUUAUGACUCUGUUUGGCUUGAUGGUCAGCACCGUCUGCCUUUGUGGACGGGUCCUGGACAUGGGUGACCCCGAGUGACCACCUGUGGCCCCGUCUCUGUUUCUGACUAGAGCCUGCUACCACAGCCUCUCCGUGUCUACAGUUACACCUUUGAUGUAUUCAUUUUGGCAGCGUGUUCUGAUCAGUUAUUUCUGUGUCACAUUCUGAUGCUGUGCCUUCGGCGCUGUGCUGUCAGCUGUGUUGGUAACAAAAUAAUUGCAGCAAAGGUGUUGUGGCCAAGUUUGCUUGGCCUUCACACGUCUUUAAGUGAGCUGUUAUUUUCCAGAUCUUUCUGUCCAUUGAUGCACUAAAUGCGCUACCGUCUAUCCUUCCAUCUAUGGGCUUCCCUCCUUGUGCUUUGGUCAAGAGUUUGAACCUGAGGUAAUUUGUGGAAAAAUCCAGUUUUCCACAAUAGUGUCACUGCACGUCUUCUGCCUCCUUCAACACAACGGACCAGCUUGGAUCAGUCUGAAGGACACAAGGAAGACAUCCAACUGUACAGUGUGUCUCUGUCCACUGGAGUACCCAGUAACAUUGCCUGUGAACAAAAGGUAAUUAAAACCGAGCAGUAUCACUAGGCACUGUUGCGGUUGAUUCAUUCAGCCACAGCCACAGUGAAGUAAUUCUGGUUUAUUUGGGUGCAGCAGAGGAAUUAAAGAACUUUAAUUAUAAAGAAUGUAAGGUGUUUAUGUAGCUGGGUGUAAGGUCCAGGAAAAACAGUUGAUGACCCCUUGUUGAAUAAGAAGGAGAAGGGACUGAAAGGUUUGUUGUCAUUACAUGUUGUAGAGUUUAAUGUAGAUUGGGUUUCUCAGCUUGGAUAUUUGCAUGGGUUUAGUAUUUCAAACCAUGAUUGUGGAAGAUACUGCGUUUACAACUACUUCAUUUAAAACGCAAUCCUUCAACUUCAAAAUAGCAAAUUUAUUAAAGUUUGUAAAUAGUAAAAUUGUGGAACAGAUAUACUAGAGAGGUAAACAUAAAUAAACAUUCUGUACCAUA